CGUCAGCAGCUGUGACUGCUCUCAAUCUCUUUCUUAGUUUUAGCGCUCCAAUGCGGAACUGUUGACGGCCCAUUUGGCAAUCGCAAUCAACGAGCUGUUGUGGUGCUAAAAAGCUCGAUAUGGCGGAUUAUGUGUCAGGGCACGAUGCACGAGAUGCAAGAUGAUGAGCACCAGACUUGGGGCAGCAUCAACGGGCAGCGGUGGUGCAAUGGGUACUCAUUGUUAUUGCUUUCUACGUAACACGCUGAGAUAUGCGCGAAUGGAGAUGCGUGCGAGCAAUCUGCAAUCAGCGUUUGGCCAUGUUCGCUAACUGGGCGUGGGCCACAACAACAAGAACAAAAUCAGAAACAACAACAAUGUUGUUGCACUGAGAGCGGAACAGAGUAAACCGGCAGCGACUGCUGCAGCAGCGGCUUCGAGCCCGGGCCAAAUGUCACGUAGCAUGGGGCGAGCGGUCGGUGGCAGCUAUUUAAAGAAAUCUUGGAACAAGCCAGGGCAUCAGACGACAACAGCAGUUCGCCUUGAGAGCACAAGCAGCCACUCGAGACGUCAACUGGGACUGGACACGAUGAAUAGACACAACUUCAUAUGGGCGUUAGCCGCCUGCUUAAUUGCGUGCGCCUGCGCAAACAGCUACGGCGGACAGCAGAGCUACAGCUCCGGCGGACAGCAGAGCUACAGCUCGAGCGGACAGGGCUACGGCUCUGAGGGUAGCGAUGGUGCUGCUGCUGCUGCCAGCUCCGGUGGUGCUGGCGAGUACGGCAGUGCUAACGGUCUGGGAGAUGGUGCCAACGCUGGCGCCAUUGCUGGCGAUGCUGCUGGUGUAGCUCAGGCCAACCAGGGCAGCUACGGUUCCGACCAGAACAUUCCCUACAAACCAGUCAACACCAAGGGCAACACCCUGACCUCCUCCAUCACCUACCCCCAGAACAAGGGCGAGAUUCUGAUCCAUCGCCCCGCACCCAUCAUUGUGCGUCGCCCACCCACCAAGGUGCUGGUGAACCAUCCUCCACUAGUGGUCAAGCCUGCGCCAGUUGUGCUCCACAAGCCUCCAGCAAUCGUUCUCCGCAAGGUCUACGUUAAGCACCACCCACGCCGCGUUAAGGUUGAGCCCGUCUUCGUCAACGUGGUCAAGCCCCCAGCAGAGAAAUACUUUGUCAACGAGAACAAGCAGGGUUACGGCCAGGGCUCUCAUGGUGCCUCUUCCGGUAGCGGUCUGUCCAGCGGACCCGGCCCCAUUGUUUCCGGUCCCCGCUCUCACGGCUCCCACUCCCACGGUGGCCAAGCCAUUCCCGCCUAUGCAUCCGGUGCCGACAGCGCUGCUGUCAGCGCUGGCUACCAGCUGCUCCAGGGUGGCAACCAUGGUCUCUCCGCUCUGGCCAACAUUGCCGGUGAGCGCGAUGGCCAAUAUGGCGGUCACAGCCAGCAGUACGGUGGUCAGAGCCAGCAAUAUGGUGGCUCCAGCCAGCAGUAUGGCGGCUCCAGCCAGCAGUAUGGCGGCUCCAGCCAGCAGUAUGGUGGCUCCAGCCAACAAUACGGUCCCAGCCAGUCUGGAUCCGGUGCCUACUAAGUGCAUCGCUUACGGCAGCGGCCAACGACAGCAGCCACUCUGUUGUCGCUGAUGACUGCUGCCACAGCUGACAGCCGCACUCCGGCUGGCCUUAGUUGCUAUGUUUUUAACUUGGCUUGGACGCCCGCAAGGUGA